AAAUUAUUACAUAACUAAGAUACUCUUAAAGCAAGUAUGCCCUCUCUUAAGUGUUAGUUUUACUGCUGUGUCAUUUUCUUCCUCCACUUGGCAAAUCUGACUUGGGCCACCUUCCAUCUCAGAUAUUUUAGUUGUAUUCCACUAGGCAUUUUAUCAUUAAUUUAAGUUAACGAUGUCGGAACCAAAGAAACAGACUCGAUCAUCUCUUGAUCAGCUUAAAGAUAUAACUAUCGUCGUAGCAGACACAGGAGAUUUCGAAGGUAAAGUCAGUAAAACUAUAAAAGUUAAAAGUAGUAAAAUAAGUUACGUACCGGUAUUUUAUUAUUUAUUAAUAAUUUAAAUAAGUAAAGUUUAUUAGUAAAGUCUUUGGUAUUCACUUUUAGGUUCACUAGAAGAUAAUUUUCAUAAAUCUUCAAGAUUGACUGUUGUUUCAACACAGGCGUAUUAAUUAUAUAUAGUAUAGUAUAGGUAGGGUAGGGCAAUUGGCAAUAGGCAUAGGUCAUAGUCAUAGUAUAGGCAUAGCGGCAUAGGUAUAGUUAAAAUCUAUUAUUAUCACUAAUCACUGGAUUAUUGAUUAUUAUGAUCUUAAGUUUAAGCUUAUUAAAUUAACUUACUUAUUAUUCCUGUGACAUGACUAUGAGUAGACUAAGUAGAAUGAAGUUUUAGAGGUUAUCAUUGACAAAGACUGAGAGGUGAACAAGCAUGGAAAUUUAAUAAUAAUGAUUGGAAAGAGAGAAGAUAGCAAGAGACCAAAAGGCUUGUCAAGAAAUGGCAAACUAAUCAUUUUUAAAUUUAAAUCAGUGAUUGUAAUCUGACUUUAAAAUUAUUUAAAAUGAGACAACCUCUCACACUUCAUUCUACUUAGUCUACUCAUAGUCAUGUCAUAGGAAUAAUAAAUAAGUUAAUAAGCUUAAACUUAAGAUCAUAAUCAAUAAUCCAGUGAUAAUAAUGUCAUGGCAUGCAUGAACAUGUGUUUUUGGCUCUUCCUUGUCCUCUUCAUCCUUCAGGGUUCCAUGCCAGACCAAUCGUCCCAUGCUUGUCUUAUUUUCAAGUUGUUUUAUUCGGCAUCAGUAAUCAGUUUUCUCAUGGUCACUCACUGUGUGUUAUAGUUAAGGCAAUUGAGUACAUUAACAUUAUUAUUAUUAUUAUGAUUGGUGAAUUUUGAGUGUCUGUACACUUGACUCUAGCAAGCAUUUAAUCCAUGAUUUAUGUCUUGCUUAUCAAUUUUGUGGAAAACAUGUUUCCAUGUACUAAAGACAGAAGCGUUCUCAUUGUUGAAUGUCCAAAUGUACGCUAUUAUUAUUUAUACCAUUACUACUAUGAUAUAAACAAGUUCCCAAAAUGCACAUUGGCCCUCUACUAUAAAUUGAGCAUUCCUAUCUCACUGCUAUCAAUGAGUAAUACGGUAAAGUAGUAAUUAAUCACCGUUAAUGUUAAGCUAAGCAUUCACUGAUUUGCAAACUUAUGGGUCUAAAUCAAAUUUAAGAGUUUCUUCAUCAAAACUUUUUUAUUACUUAACUUUACUCAUACUGAUUCUGUGAUAAUGUUUUGGUGCUGGGUGGCAGAGCGGUCUAAACUGUCUCAAACCAAAUAGCCGGUGGUCCGGAGUUCAAUCCCCAUCAAAGCCAACAUCCCAAGCACCGCGGAUGGAUGGGACUCGUUAGCCUUGGACGGCAACCCAUAUAAGAGAAGGCAAACUCUGAAUUAAAACCAGGAGCCAGAAUGAUCAACAAAUUGAUCGUGGGGCCCCUCAAAUAUAAGAAGAUUUUUUUUUGUUUCUGGACUGCAAUGUUCAAUCAAUCAUUGUAAUCUAUUGUACUGAAACAUUAUUUUAAUUUUUCACCAUUACGGUAAAGGCCCAAUCCAUGUAUGCCUCCACUUUCUAACCCCAUCCUUUCAUUCUCUGCCCAUUCCCAAUCUUCAAAUAGUAAGAAACAAUUGAUUUUUUUUUUAAAUUUUAUAUUAUGAUGUUUCAGAUUAACUUAUUAAAUAUGAUCUCUUUUUUUUCAAGCUAUGAAAAAAUUCCAACCUACUGAUGCCACUACCAAUCCAUCUCUGAUUUUAGCAGCAGCAAGUAUGCCAGCAUACCAAAAACUGAUUGAUGAUGCAGUCACUUACGCCAAGGCACAGGGGGGGUAUGUAAAAUAUACAGUUAAAAUGUAAAUUUUUUUUUUAAUUUUAGGUGCUUCUUGAGUACUGGUAUAACUAUAAGUAGGUACGCCUAUAGAGUUAAGUUGGUUGUCUGUGUGUAUGUGCAUAAUACAUUAAAUUGUAUGCCGGUGGUAAUUUCUUUUUGGGAAGCACCAUGUUUUGCCCUCAAAGAAAAAUGAGUAUACAAAAUGUACACAAAAAUUAAUUUCACCAUCAGCUGUAGUCAUUAUAGUAUACAAUUUAAAGGAUUAAAGAUAUUUAAUUUGGAAAUUGGUUAAUAACAAAUCCUGUCUUGGGAAGUGUUGAGUGUGAAAUUUUGCGAUGAGUUAGUUUUGGUAAACAUUUUAAAUGAGUUUACUUUUGAUAACUACUUAGUUGAUUGUCUUAAAUUCACUAGGAAGGAACCACAGCAGUUGAUAAAUGCUCUUGACAAAGUCUGUGUAAAUUUUGGAGUGGAGAUUCUAAAAAUAAUUCCAGGCAGAGUAUCCACCGAAGUUGAUGCAAGGUGACUAUCUAAAGUGUUAUUAUUAUGAUUUCCAAGAAAAACGUAUAAUUCUCUUGUAAAUUUCAUGUACAUUAAGUAUAGUUUGUUAGCUGUUAAAAUGUAAGCACUUUCACUGACUUAAUGAUAUGAUUUAUGUAGCGCUGUUGAGUUAUGCUAUUCUCUUUUAAUCAUCCCAGACUCUCUUUUGAUACUGAAGCAAUGGUAGAGAAGGCCCAGAAAUUGAUACAACUUUACAAAGAUGCUGGCAUUGAUAAAGAGAGAAUUCUUAUUAAAUUGGCUUCAACAUGGGAGGGCAUUCAGGCCUGCAGGUAAACUGCAAUAUUAAUUUAUUUAUUUCUUAUAGCUGCUUAAAAUUUAUGGCAUCUCCAUACUGUAAAAGUUCUUAUGAUAGACUUGUAAAUAAACAUAAUAAAAAAAAUAAUUAACUGGUAUAUAUAAAAUUGGUUGGUAUGUUCUUAGUCUUUAAAAGGACUUUAGAAUGGUUUUGAAGUAGUUACAUGACAUUUUACUGAGAUAGUUACAGAUAAUGUUCUUGAGAGGUUUACAAGACAUUUUGCUUAGGGAGUUACAGGGCAUUUUUUUUACUGAAGGAGGUAGUCUUCUUGCAAUGUAAUCACCAUAUAUAUUUGCACAAUAUCAGGUUAUUUAAAACUUAUACAUAAAGGAAUUACAAAAGAAAAAGUAACAUAAUAGUAAUAAAAUGAAAAUGCCAUGAAAGAACUUUUUUUGGGAAUUGAUUCUGUGGAGCAAGAAAUACAGAGAAGGAAAUGUACAUGAUGUGGACAUACACUGAGGAAACAAUAAAAUAUUACAAUGUAACAGUCACUGUCGUAGAACACACAUAGAGAAAUAUGGCAGUCUCCGUCAGUAAUGAAAGACCACAGAACACACGGAGAACAAGCCUUAAGAGAGAAAAGGAGAUUAACUGCUAAAAGUGGAAAGCAUAGCUCAGAACUGCGAUUAAUGGAUAAAAUUAGCAAAUGGCGCUUAGUGGUGCACAUGGGUUAAUAUGAAAAAUAAAUUUUUGUUGACCAGAAUUUUUCAGAAUCUCUAAUCUCAAAGUUAAAUUUGUUGUUGUGAUGAUAAGUAAUGAGUAUCUUAUUUAUAUUAUUUUUUUUAUAUUUUUAAACAGAAUUCUCGAAUCAGAAUUUGGAAUACACUGCAAUAUGACACUGAUUUUCAAUUUCUAUCAGGUAAGUUUAUACUUAAAAUCAUUUAAUUAAAAUAUUAUAUAAUAUAGGUUGUUAUUUUUUGUUUGUUGACGUGUUGUAAAAAAACGUGUGGCAUUCAGAAGUUGUGGUACCGGUAAUGUAGUAUUUAAGAAGUUAGUUUUUUCAUGUUGUUCUAAUUGGUGUUAGACAUUUAGGUUUAUUUUGAUAUUGUCUACUGCUACAGGCUGUUGCAUGUGCUGAUGCAGGAGCUACUUUGAUUUCUCCGUUUGUUGGUAGAAUUCUUGAUUGGUUUGUCAGCAACACUGAAAACAAAACCUUUGACCCCCUUGAAGAUCCAGGUAUAGAAUUCAUAUCUUUGAAUGUGAUCUUCAAUACAUUUGGUUUUAAAAAUUUAAAUAUAAGUAUUUUUUUUUCGCUUAAUCUUGAAAUUUUGUAAAUAAGUUAUCUUGUUUGUUUUUUUGAAAAAAUGCUAACUUGACUUUUAAAAGAAAAAAUAUUCAUAAUAAAUUUUUGCGCCUUUGAAAAAACAACCCUUCAAAAGUGUGCAUUUAAUCAAUUUUAUUUAAAAAAAUUAAAUGAAAUUUUUGUCUUUGGAAGUUGUUUUAGUUAAAUAAAAAAUUUUGUGUGCAUAUUUGAUAAACAUAGUAUCACACUGGUGGGCACAUUACACCAGUUGAGAAACACUGGUUAUAACACUAAGUGUAAAACUAGUUAUCAUUGUGCUUUGUCUUUUAUCUAUGAAUACCAGAGAAAGAUUUCUCUGAAGUUAACGCAUUAUUCAAUUAUUCCAGGUGUGAAAAGUGUUACAAAAAUUUACAACUAUUACAAGAAGUUUGGGUUGAAGACUGUUGUUAUGGGAGCUUCAUUCCGUAACACUGGAGAAAUCUUUGGUCUGGCCGGCUGUGAUCUUCUGACCAUUUCGUAAGUAGAGUCCUCAAUAUUUGGUGAUUAUAUUUAGUAAGAUUCUAUUUCUCUUUUAUUCAAACAUAUCUUUGUAAAUAAUUGUAGUGUAGUAGAAAUGAUGCAACUGUUAAUAACUAAUAAUUUAUAAGUAUAGUGUUUUGCUCCCUUACGUCUACUUAAAGUCUGAUGGCUUCAACUAGCCAUUUUUGUAUCUGAUUCCAUAUAUGUGUAAUGUGAGAUAAGCAUAAAUAUAAGGAAAAAAUUGUUAAUAAACUCCAUGUAGAAAAUGGUUUUAUGUAGGCUUUUUUAAAUUGUUUUUUGUUGAUAUUUUUCUUUUUAGACCAGCUUUACUUGAUAAGUUAUCUCAGUCAACAGAAACAGUAGAAAAAUAUCUUGAUGAAGAGAAUGGUAUGUACAAAUCUGUUUGACUUAAAAAAUAUUUCUCCCUGUAUAUAAAAUAGUCAGUGUGACAUAAUGUUUUGAGUAGCUGAAAUAGGACAGCCUUCGAAUAUUAUAUACUGAAAUUACAGUGUUUAGUUCUAGUAAAUAGAAUAGUUCUUUUGAGGAUGUUCAAAAUUAUCUCAUAUUUAUUUGUAUUAUACAUUUCCAUUUGCUUGUUGCUCAUAUUAUAAUAAGCCAACUAUUCAUUUCAUAAUUGUUGGUAAAAAAAAAACAACCUAUUUGAAGCUGUUGUUAACUUCAAUAUCUAAUAGUAAAAGUACACAAUUUAUUGAAUAUUUUUUUCCAGCCAAAUCUUUAGACAUCUCUAAAGUGACGGUGACAGAGCAAGUUUUUAGAUGGCAGAUGAAUGAGGACCAGAUGGCCACAGAUAAGCUCAGUGAUGGCAUCCGUAAAUUUGCUGCAGAUGCCGUCAAGCUGGACAAUAUUUUGAGGGAGAAGCUGGGACAGUAGGUUCAACAGAAAAAAAAAAACAGAAAAAAAUUCAUUCAUAUUGUUUUAGCUUGUAAACAAAUUUAAUCAAGCUGAAUUCAAAUGCCUUUAGAUAAUGAUGGAAUUCAAUUCAUUUUCUCAAGUGUAUGAGAAUUGAUAGAAAAGGUUUCCAUUUUUAUUACACUUGAAAGGCUGAUUUUUUUUUAAUGUAAAACACAUUUACAUAUUUAAAUAUAUUAUUGUAAGUCAAGUGCAAGGAACUAAACAAGUAAUGAAUGUGUAAUAGCCUGACAACUUUAGACUAUUCAGAUGUUGAUAUGGUUUUUAUCACUAAAUAAUUACAAGGAUUUUUCUUUCUUUCUUUUUGUUUCUUUCCAUAAUUAAAACAAAAGAACAUGAACGAGAAAUGUGCGUUGAAUAAUUAUGAGAAUGGUGGUAACCUGUUGUGGUAAGAUGUUUUUGCCCAGUUCUUGUAACUGUCUAACAUUUCAAUAGUGGCUUGGCUGAUGGUAGGGGAGGUAAUGGUCAUCAAGGACCUUAACAGUAGUUACACUGACCCGUGGAAUCCAUUCAAGCAAUGCGCGCCUUUCCUCUUGUGAACGUAUAGAGUGUAGUUGAAAUCUCAGUCUGUAGAUUAGUAUUGUGUGGGGCACUGUUGUGUUCGUCUGCAAUUUUGUAGUUGAACUUGAAUUGUCUUGUGCAUAUGCUAGCUGAAAUGUUCUUUGGCGGGUUAUUAUCCUACAUCUGCGGUAGUAGUGGAACAUCUUGGAUGAUGCACCAGCAAUAAUAAUGUAUUACAAUAGUUAGUAUUUCAGUCUUACAAUGUAAUUUAUUUGACAUGCCCACAAAAAUUAUUUGAUAUACUGAGCGCUGAUUUUCUCAAUUAUCUAGCUUUACAUAAUAAAGUGAAUUGUUUAAAAAUAAGAAAUUGCACAAAAUUGAAUAAGUAGUGAAUUGUAAUUAAUGUUUUAAGUUUUUUUUUUAGUGUGAGCCGUACUAUCAAUUUUUUGAGAUCAUAUUGCUUAUUAUGAUAACCUUAUGGGGACACAAGUGUAUAUACCAUCCUCUGACAACUGGGAGUUUAAUUUUUCUAAUGUAAGAUUUGAUUUUUAUCUGCUGUUUUUUAAAAGAAAUGUUAUUUUCAUGCAAACUUCUUGUUUAUGUCCUCUUAUUGCUGUACUAUAUUUGCUCACUCAUGUUAUCUUAUAUCAAAUGGUUUUGUCAAAAUCUUUUUUAGGAUCUGUUCAAUUUUAAAAAGAAAUUAAAAAAUGUGUCCAACUCCA